AAAGGACUUAAAUAGUUCUACCAAACAUGAAAGAUACUAAUUUCCAAACAUGAAAGAAAGAAUUAUUCAAUUUUUACUCUAACAGUCUACACGAAAAUGAAAGAGUUGUCAUUUUGAGAAGUCCUUAGAUGCCAUAUUAUUGCCAGAAACUAAUUUGUAUGGACUCUAGCUACCAAAAAAAGAGGAGAAAAAUCAAAGUCCUUCAUAUGGAAAAUGGGUGGUCUGAAAAUCAGUGACAGCAAUGUCUUUUAUUAUCUUCUAUCUUUCUUUGAUAAUCUCAACCCACCCGUACUGGAACAAGAUGUUAUCUAAAAAACUUCUUCACCUUCAGCUUUAGCUUCGUUGUUGCUUACUGAAACUUUUCUCUCUUUACAUCAAAUUUAUGGGGUGUUGUUUUUCUGUCCAGUUUUCUUUUGAUGAUCAAACCCUGGUACGUAUCUUUAAUUUCUUAUGUGGGAACAUCAACAGAAACUCUUUUGGAGUGGAGGAGAGGCCUACUCAGCCUACUAUUGGUCAAGAAGAAAUGCUCGAAAAGGCAUGGAAUCGCCUUAUGGAAGAUAGAGUCGGAAUCAUGGGUCUUCACGGUAUGGGUGGUGUUGGAAAAACCACCCUUUUCAAGAAAAUCCACAAUAAGUUCGCUAAAAUGUCUAGUAGGUUUGACAUUGUGAUCUGGAUCGUGGUGUCUAAAGGCGCAAAGCUUUCAAAGCUUCAAGAAGAUAUUGCAGAGAAACUACACCUUUGUGACGACCUGUGGAAGAACAAGAAUGAAAGUGAUAAGGCCACCGAUAUACACAGAGUCUUAAAGGGCAAGAGAUUUGUUUUGAUGUUGGAUGAUAUAUGGGAGAAAGUGGAUUUAGAGGCCAUUGGUGUUCCCUAUCCGAGUGAAGUAAAUAAAUGCAAAGUAGCAUUCACCACCCGAGAUCAAAAAGUUUGUGGGGAGAUGGGGGAUCAUAAGCCGAUGCAAGUCAAAUGUUUGGAACCAGAGGAUGCAUGGGAGUUGUUCAAAAACAAGGUCGGAGACAACACAUUACGUAGUGAUCCCGUCAUUGUGGAGUUGGCAAGAGAGGUCGCUCAAAAAUGUCGUGGUCUGCCAUUGGCGCUCAGUGUCAUUGGUGAGACAAUGGCAUCUAAAACUAUGGUACAAGAAUGGGAGCAUGCAAUCGAUGUUUUGACUAGAUCCGCUGCAGAGUUUUCUAAUAUGGGAAACAAAAUUCUUCCGAUUCUCAAGUACAGCUACGAUAGCUUGGGGGAUGAACAUAUCAAGUCGUGUUUCCUAUAUUGUGCUUUGUUUCCCGAAGAUGAUGAGAUAUAUAACGAAAAGUUGAUAGACUACUGGAUAUGCGAAGGAUUCAUCGGAGAAGACCAAGUUAUAAAAAGAGCGAGGAAUAAGGGUUAUGAGAUGCUCGGUACCCUUACCCUUGCGAACUUGCUAACAAAGGUUGGUACAGAACAUGUUGUGAUGCAUGACGUGGUUCGUGAAAUGGCUUUAUGGAUUGCAUCCGAUUUUGGGAAACAGAAAGAGAAUUUUGUUGUGCGAGCAAGAGUCGGGUUACAUGAAAGACCAGAAGCCAAGGAUUGGGGAGCUGUGAGAAGGAUGUCAUUAAUGGAUAAUCAUAUUGAAGAGAUAACAUGCGAGUCCAAGUGUUCUGAACUUACAACUUUGUUCCUUCAAAGUAAUCAAUUGAAGAAUCUAUCAGGUGAAUUCAUUCGGUAUAUGCAAAAGCUAGUUGUUUUAGAUCUUUCAUAUAAUCGUGACUUCAAUAAACUUCCAGAGCAGAUAUCGGGGCUGGUCUCGUUGCAGUUUCUUGACUUGUCGAAUACAAGUAUAAAGCAACUGCCUGUUGGUCUUAAAAAGUUGAAAAAGCUAACUUUUCUGAAUUUGGCUUAUACUGUGCGACUUUGUAGUAUCAGUGGGAUAUCAAGGUUGUUGAGUUUAAGAUUGUUGAGACUGCUAGGGUCUAAAGUUCAUGGAGAUGCUAGCGUAUUGAAGGAGCUGCAGAAAUUGCAGAAUCUACAACAUCUAGCCAUAACUCUAUCCGCGGAGUUAAGUUUGAAUCAAAGGUUGGCGAACUUAAUCUCUAUUCUUGGUAUUGAGGGGUUUCUUCAAAAGCCAUUCGAUUUAUCAUUCCUGGCGAGUAUGGAGAAUCUUAGUUCCCUAUGGGUGAAAAAUAGUUAUUUCUCGGAGAUAAAGUGCAGAGAAAGCGAGACGGCCUCGUCUUAUUUACGCAUCAAUCCGAAAAUUCCAUGCUUUACCAACCUCUCACGACUGGGGUUAAGUAAGUGCCAUAGCAUAAAGGAUCUGACUUGGAUAUUGUUUGCUCCAAAUCUUGUCUACCUAUACAUUGAAGAUUCAAGAGAAGUGGGAGAAAUAAUAAACAAAGAGAAAGCAACCAAUCUUACAAGUAUUACACCAUUUCUGAAACUAGAAAGGUUGAUUUUGUAUAAUUUGCCGAAGCUGGAGAGUAUCUACUGGAGUCCUCUCCACUUUCCACGUUUGUUAAUUAUACAUGUUCUAGACUGUCCAAAGCUGAGAAAGCUUCCAUUAAAUGCUACAAGUGUCCCACUAGUUGAAGAAUUUCAAAUACGUAUGUAUCCUCCAGGACUGGGAAAUGAGCUUGAAUGGGAGGACGAAGAUACCAAAAAUCGAUUCGUGCUUUCAAUCAAGAAGUAGUACUAGUACGUCGUCUAAAGAUCCAUUACUCAGGAAUGGGAUUCCUCGCUGUCCAAAAUCAGAAUCCACGCUUCUUCUUCUUCUAUUGCUUUAUCUAUCUUCUUGUAGUUAUGGUGUGUUGUUCAUUUGGAUUGUAUAAAACUGAUUUGCAUUCUGAUAUCUUUGAAGUGUGUUGUGCUGUUCACUUGGAUUAUGUUACAAAACUGAUUUGGAGUCUGAUGCUUUUUUAUAUGAAGUUAAUUUUUAGAAAAA